AUGGAUCGUUUCUCGAUAGUCGUUCUUUUGUGCCUCUGCUCUUCUCUCAAAAUCGCCGAAGGUCAGACCACGGCAAAACCUACCUGCACGGAAAUAGGCGCUUUUGAAAUUAACGAUGGGACUUGCAAAAACUAUUAUAUUUGUGUGAAUGACGGCGAGACCCUCAACCCGGUAAUCCUGUCCUGCGCCAGUUCUGCCAUAUUCGACCCUUCUCAGGGUAUAUGCGUAUCUCAGAACACGGCUACGUGUCAACAAACGACGACAAUGGCACCGUCGACCACCUCAGCACCAUCGACCACCUCAGCACCAUCGACCACCUUAGCACCAUUCUGCCUUCGAUACGGCAGGUUUCCGAUACAGGAUGUGGAAUGUAAAAAAUAUUACUUGUGUUAUUGGAACGGCACCCGCUACGCCAUAAUGGGCAAUCUUACGUGCCCGAAUACUCUGGUAUUCUACCCAUUAGCGGAAAAAUGUGUAUCGCCACGGACGUACAAUUGUUCAGGAACAACCAAGUCGGGAUAA